AUGUACGCCUACAACAAGCCCAUCAACCCGAUGGAACCUCCAGCCAAGCUGGACCAUUACAUUGGCAUAGACGUCGGUACAGGGUCUGCUCGUGCCUGCAUCAUUGACGAAUCGGGUGACAUCAAGGCCCUGGCUGCCGAGAAUAUUAAGCUGUGGCAGCCUCAGAGUGGUUACUAUGAGCAAUCUACGACGGAUAUUUGGCAAUGUAUCUGUGAAUGCGUUCGAAAGGUAGUUAGCGAGUCACAAGUCGAUCCCAAUUCUAUCAAGGGGAUUGGCUUUGACGCAACCUGCUCCCUAGCCGUCUUCUCGACUGAUACCGACGAGCCAAUCACCGUUACCGGCCCCGACUUCAAAAAUGAUGGCAACGACCGAAAUGUCAUUCUGUGGCUCGACCACCGACCCGUCGAGGAGACCGAGCUCAUCAACAAUACGGGCCACAACCUCCUCAAAUACGUGGGAGGUAAAAUGAGCAUCGAGAUGGAGAUUCCCAAGAUUCUCUGGCUCAAAAACAAUAUGGCCCCGGAACUAUUUGCCCGAUCCAAGUUCUAUGACCUCGGCGAUGCCCUCACCCAUAUUGCCACCGGGAAUGAGAGUCGCAGCUUCUGCAGCACAGUCUGCAAGCAGGGCUACGUCCCUGUCGGCGUGGAUGGCAGCGUCAAGGGCUGGCAGGAAGACUUUUAUGACGCCAUUGGUCUUAGUGACCUCGUUGAAGAUAACUUUAAGCGCAUGGGAGGCGUCGAUAAGGUGAACGGAAAGUACGCCAGUGCCGGUGAAUGCGUUGGAACCCUCAGCAAGCAGGCUGCCUAUCAGUUAGGUCUUCCCCAAGGCAUCGCCGUUGGUAGCAGUGUCAUUGAUGCCUACGCUGGUUGGAUUGGAACCGUCGGCGCCAAGGUUGAUCUCGGCGACGACGAACUCAAUGCCAACCUCCCACACAACGACCUUUCCCAGGCCUUUACGCGACUUGCUGCUGUUGCCGGUACCUCAACUUGCCAUCUCGCAAUGUCUAAGAACCCCGUUUUUGUCCCAGGCGUCUGGGGCCCCUACCGCGACGUACUACUUCCAGAGUACUGGAUGGCCGAGGGCGGUCAGUCUGCGACUGGCGAGCUGCUACGACACAUGCUGGACAUUCACCCUGCUUUCAACGCCACACAGGCUCUGGCAAAGGCCGAAGAUAAACAUAUAUACGACUGGCUCAACGCCCACCUCGAAUACAUGGCGGAGAGAGACAACGCGCCUGCCGUGUCCUAUCUUGGCCGCCACCACUUCUUUUAUGGUGAUCUUUGGGGUAACCGAUCUCCCAUCGCAGAUGCCACCAUGAAAGGCGCCAUGAUUGGACUGGACAGCGACAAGAGCACUGACAACUUGGCCCUCUGGUAUUAUGCUACCAUGGAGUUCAUCGCCUUCCAGACGCGUCAGAUCAUCGAGCAGAUGAACAAGUCCGGUCACGAAAUAUCUUCCAUUUUCAUGUCUGGCUCACAAUGCCAAAACCCGAUUCUGAUGAACUUGAUGGCGACCGUCUGCAGGAUGCCCGUCCUCAUUCCCCGCUACGUGCACGCUGCCGUCGUACACGGUGCCGCGAUGCUGGGUGCCAAGGCGGCUAGUCACAACGAAGAAGGGCACGAGUCCGAGUCGCUCUGGAGCAUCAUGGACCGCAUGAGCAAGCGCGGUCGCUUAGUCGAUCCGGGUACUGAUGCGGGCGAGUUGGCGAUGUUUGAUGCCAAGUACGAAAUCUACCUUGAGAUGUGCAACACACAGCAGGUUUACCGCAAGAAGGUGGACGCCGCUACUGCUAAGUGGAAGAAGGAAUUUGGUGGUGAUGCGUAA